UCCUUCAUAAUUAACUAAAGGCCCAUUCUUAUUCGGCGACUCAUCUUCUUCCCUCACCGUGUGUAUCUCGCACUCAAAACCAUAAACUGUCCAAUUUUAUUUUUCCACAAAUCUCAGGAUUAUACCAAGCUUCACAUCUCCUCAUUCUCAAUAACACUUGAGUUAAAUAGGAAAUGGAUUGAUUUGAUUUCGGUUCCAGCUGAAAACAAAUGAGGUGAAGUCAAACUCGAGGCUUUUGACUUUCUGUCCGUACAGUUGGGGUUUCAUCAUUCAGAGUCGGAUUCAAUUGCGGCACCGGCACCGCUCUGUCGUCUGGCUGCUUCUUCUUCAAUCGAUCGCCCAGUCGCUUGUAACUUUUUCUUUUCUUACCGGCUUACUGUUCUUUAUUGAUGAUUUGUGCGGACAUGCUUGGUACGUGUUGUGAAUCUAUACGGAAAUCUUGUUGAAAUUGUUUUUGAGAUACUGAGUUGUAAUUGUUGAUAGAAGUGAUGGUGAGUGCGAAUGAUCCAAUUGAGUCGUUUUUUAAUUCGAUUCAACAUUUGAAAGAUGCAAUUUCACCGCUCGAAUUAGGUAUUAGAAAAGCGGCCAAAGAUCUUGAGAGUUGUAUGGCAAUUCAUAAGAAGAAUGAAAACACUCUUGAAUUGAAUGUAAAUGGAAACAGCAAUAGCAAAAUACACAUUUUUUCUGUGAAGAAGAAGAGUGAUGGUAUUGAUAAUUAUAGUAAUAAUAACAGAAACAGUAAUAGCAGUGGGCAGUGUGUGGUUAGUGAAGAGAAAGGAUUGUUGUCAAUUAAGGUGCCAAUGAAGACAUUUUUAGGAAUGUUUUCACCGAAUCUAGGGAAUGGGAAAGUUGGGGUGGUUUCCGAGAAAGGAGUGAGAGAGAGUUAUUUGAAUAAGGCCGAUGGGUCUUGUAUGAACUGCUUGCAGUUUGCUGUUACUUGGUCUUUGUUGGUUAAUGGUUUCGUUCAGGCUUUGCUGAGUCCAUUUAAGGCAGGCAAGAAACAGAUUCAGAAAGUUGGGGAUGAAGACAAAGGGCAAUUGAGUUCAUGUGCAUAUGAUUUGAAAUCUAAGAGUUUUUGUGAGUUUAAGCAAAGGGAAGCAAAAGAUCAGACUGCAAAUGUGUAUACGGAUGAGACUUUAGCACAUGAGGUGAAACAUGUGUCACUAGAGUGCUUUAUUGGGUUUAUAUGUGACAAUUUGAUUCAAAACCUACAAAAAUUUGAUCAACUUAUGCAGGAAAGUGAUCAAAAGGGUUAUGGUCAUUCAACAUCGGCCUCGACCUUGCUGCCAUCUUCUUCUCAGUUUGAUCAUUGGAAGGCAGUUAUAAGUAUUUGGGAAGGUAGAAAAUCUGAUGUUAACGGAUUCUUGGGGAACUUGAAGUUUGCGAGAGUGGGAGGUGUACCUUCUAGUAUAGUUGGGGUAACUUCUUCAGUCAAUGAAGAUGGCGAAGGUGGUGUUAGUACAGCCAGUGGGGAAGAGACAGGGGGUAAUUCACCACAGAAGCUGGCUGGUGGGAUUUUUAGUAUUCCUCUAUCAAAUGUGGAGCGUUUGAGAUCCACUUUGUCUACUGUUUCACUGACAGAACUGAUUGAGCUUGUACCACAAUUGGGGCGAUCUUCUAAAGACCAUCCAGACAAGAAAAAGCUAUUCUCUGUCCAAGAUUUUUUUAGAUACACAGAGUCUGAAGGAAGGAGGUUCUUUGAGGAACUGGAUAGAGAUGGUGAUGGCCAAGUGACAUUGGAAGAUCUUGAAAUUGCAAUGAGAAAGAGAAAAUUACCACGGAGAUAUGCUCGGGAAUUCAUGCGCCGUACUAGAAGACAUCUAUUUUCAAAAUCAUUUGGUUGGAAACAAUUUUUAUCAUUGAUGGAACAGAAAGAGCCAACCAUCCUUCGAGCAUAUACUUCUUUAUGUUUAAGCAAGUCUGGUACACUGCAAAAGAGUGAAAUAUUGGCAUCACUAAAAAAUGCAGGACUUCCAGCAAAUGAAGACAAUGCUGUUGCUAUGAUGCGAUUUCUGAAUGCAGAUACAGAAGAAUCUAUCUCAUAUGGACAUUUUCGGAAUUUUAUGCUUUUGCUGCCUUCUGAACGGCUGCAAGAUGAUCCUCGGAACAUCUGGUUUGAAGCUGCGACAGUUGUUGCUGUUCCUCCACCCGUGGAAAUACCUGCUGGAAGUGUUCUGAAAGCUGCAUUGGCAGGCGGCCUUUCAUGUGCACUUUCCACAGCAUUAAUGCACCCUGUUGAUUCUAUAAAGACACGAGUUCAAGCUUCAACUCUAACCUUUCCUGAAAUCAUCUCAAAGCUUCCUCAAAUUGGCGUACGGGCAUUAUAUAGGGGUUCAAUCCCUGCAAUUCUUGGGCAGUUUUCAAGCCAUGGCCUGCGAACUGGAAUAUUUGAAGCAAGUAAGCUCCUGCUACUAAAUGUUGCUCCAACACUGCCUGAAAUCCAGGUUCAAUCUAUGUCGUCAUUCUGUAGCACAUUUUUGGGGACAGCAGUAAGAAUCCCAUGUGAAGUACUAAAGCAGCGCUUACAGGCUGGCAUUUUCGACAAUGUGGGAGAAGCCAUUGUUGGAACAUGGCAUCAAGAUGGUCUCAAGGGUUUUUUUCGUGGCACUGGUGCCACUCUUUUCAGAGAGGUUCCAUUCUAUGUUAUUGGCACAGGACUUUAUGCUGAAUCAAAGAAGAUUGUCCAGCAAAUUCUUGGCCGGGAGCUGGAGCCCUUUGAAACAAUUGUUGUUGGAGCUUUAUCUGGAGGGCUAACUGCUGUGAUCACUACACCUUUCGAUGUUAUGAAAACUAGAAUGAUGACUGCUCCACGAGGUCGAUCUGUAACAAUGUCAAUGGUAGUGUACUCUAUACUCCGUCAUGAAGGAGCCCUUGGCCUAUUCAAGGGAGCUGUACCUCGAUUUUUCUGGAUUGCUCCUUUGGGUGCCAUGAACUUUGCAGGUUAUGAGCUAGCUCGGAAGGCCAUGGUAAAAAAUGAGGAACUAGCAGGAGACCAGUUAUCCCAGAAAAAGUUGGCUAGUUCGUAAACAAUACAAGGUUUUAUAAAGUAAGAACAUAACUUUCAACAGAUGCCUUGGAUUUUGUUUGCAAUAGUUGCAAAUAAUUGUUGCUGAAACAAGUUAAACAGGAUGUGCUUCAAAUUUCUGUUCAUCUAAAACUCCGCCUUUCUUGUUCAUUGUAAUUCUUGUUAUAAUUUUUGCCUUUUUGCCCCCUUGUUUUGAACUUUUUGUUGCACCAGGAACGGUAGUUUAUAUACGUUCUCGGUUAAAUUUUGUAUUUUGCCUUCGCAAUUUACAUUUAUGUACAUUCUGUGCAGUUAAUGCCUUUUGCUUUUAA